GCUGUUCGGUCCUGUGGAUCGACGACUUCUGCGGGUCGUUUCCACCAGUCCGGGCCGACCAACCUGCCCUCGAUAUGCACUCCGGCGUGCCGGACCAUCGGCAUCGCCUCGGUGCGGGUCUGCCUGCUCGCCUGCUGACGGGUGGUGGGGCGGUGGGUGUGUCGCGCCCUUCGACUGAUCAAGGCAUAAUAUGUGUAUGUGCAUCUGACUGCCAUUAUGGCCAGGCACGGAUGAAUCUGACACACACGUGUCUGGCCAUUGUCAGGCGACCAAGUGAGGGGCAUCAUUGUGUGAGCAUGCCUUCACUUGUUAUCAUCACUUGAGUGAUGUCGACUUGGUUGCCUGUAGCGGUGGGUAUUCUUUGAUCGAGAUGCAUGUCAUGGACAGGUGACAGUGCCGCGCAAGACGACGUGCUGCGGUGUGGUGCGAGACGACGUGCUGCAGGAGAUACACUGUAUGGAUUUUUUUUUCUGUGUGUAAAUACGAUGUCUCUCGCAUUUUCCUGGCCCAAGAGCGGAUUGGAAAGUAGGGAGGAGAGACGGGGAAGGUGAAAGGAGAGGAAGAAAGAGAGGAGAGCGAAAGAGAGGCGGAAGGACGUUCCCACAAACACUUCCUGUAUGUUCUAUGGGUAAAGAAGAGAUAGAUAGGCGACCCAUUCGGAUGAUCUCUUCGACUGGCGAGUGAUAGGACAACCAAAGGAAGUAAUGGAGAAGGCGUGCAGGGUAGGAUAGCGAGAGCAAUAAGGAAAGCAAGGUUAGGGAGGAAAGAAGAGAGAAGAGAGAAGAGAGAAGAGAGGAAUUCCCACAGGUUGUGAAGAUGGAUGACUUCAAGUGCGUGAUCGAUUCACUCCGGCAGAUGCAAAUGACUGAGACAGAGUGUUAUUUGAAUGCUCUGAGCAAACUUCUAGGGUAUAUGAUAGUUGUAUUCUCCGCCGUGGUGAAGCUCCCACAGAUACUCGUUAUUUUGAGAAACAACAGCAUUAAGGGACUGAGUGUUGCGUCUUUUGAGCUGGAGACAGUGGGGUUCACCAUAGCUCUGUCGUAUAUAUUGACAAAGAAUCUACCCUUCAGUGCGUAUGGGGAGUUGGUGUUCCUUCUUAUACAAGCCCUUGGGCUUAACGUACUUAUCUACAGUUACUUGCCUAGCCUCCCGCCAAGCACGAUUGUGAAGGGAGCUCUCUAUUCGUUGAUUGCACCAACGAUUUUGGCGGGAAGACUCGAUCCGGUCUCCUUUGAGAUUCUUUAUGCUUCCUCGCAUGUGAUUUUCAUCGGCUCUCGGCUGCCGCAAAUCUGGGAGAACUAUAACUCCAAGAGCACGGGGCAAUUAAGCUUUUUGACAAGCUUUAUGAACACUGGCGGCUGCCUAGUGCGAACAUUCACAACGAUUCAAGAGAAGGGACCCAUCAGCAUGGUUAUGGGAUCCGUUUUCGGAAUCAUUACAAAUGGCAUCCUUCUGCUGCAGAUAAUCGUAUACAGCAGAGCUCAGAGGAGGGAGGAGGAGGUGAAGAAGAAGAAGAAAUAGGUAGUGUUUAUUAGGGGUCGAUCAGGGGUUAAGGAUGCCAUUUUUUGUGUUUUUGGGGGGGGGAAAUGCGGCGGGUGUGGAUUUUGACCAACGUCUGCAAGAUUUUAUGGUCGCCGUUCUUUGUUAUUUACCGAGCAGUGCAGAUCAUGCUGUGUAGUUUUCGUGCGCGUCCAUUCUUUCCGUGCUUUCAGAAGAUUCCUUGCAAUGUCAACGAUUCUUCGGAGAACACUCAUUUUGGCAGUGUGUGAGUUCUUUUAGGGAAGAUGAGACCACCGUCUUUCCCCGAAUACAACGCACCCUCGUUUUGGCUGUACCUGAUCGGAAAUAUGGCUUAUAUACACUCGUUAUCAGGGUGCGUUAUGUUCGGCGGAAGACGGUAUAGGGGAUAAACAGAACAGGAAUAU